AUGGCGAUGCGCUUUCAUCCAGACAGAAAUCCCGGAGACGAAACUGCCGCUGACAAAUUCUCAAAAGUAGCUACUGCUUAUGAAAUCCUUUCUGAUCUAAACAAAAGACGAGAAUAUGACUCUGGUGACUCAUCCAACAUUCCAGAUGUUGAUGUAAACAGCGUAAAAACUUUUGGAAGACUUGGACUCUGCUGUGCGUCUCAUAUUAUUCUAAUAAAAACAGUAAUAAAUCCUGCAAAACUUGCUACUGCCAAAGCAUUGAUGCGUGGAGAGAAAAUUAAUGAUUCGGUUUCAAUUGCAGAGCCGGGCAAGAUUUAUAACAGAAAUAUUACUUUUCAGGAAUCCGAGGACGCUGGAGGUUGUAUGAUGGCUGCACUUUAUUUCGCACCUUUUGAUUAUAUAGAAUCACCUUCAUCGUUCUCUUCGGAAAAAGGUGGAAAUACAGUUUUCAAAUUAUUGAGCUCUCUAAAAAUCGUGUCUGCACGGACACUUAAAGAAGGGUAUCAUCUUUUUUGCGUAUCUGGAAACAACUGGUUCUCAGAUUUUGCUUACAAGUUCACAGCGAUAAACCUAUAUGAUAAUGAGGUUUUACAUCGCCAUAUAAAAGAUACCAAGAAAGAGGUAAUUAAAAAAGUGGAGGAGGUAGCUGGAAUGCGGUCUAAUUAUUUAGUGGUUGAAAAAGAGUACAGGGAUAUGACCGGAAGUGGACGAAAAGGUAAUGUGAAGGUCGGCAGAUUAUCAAAGGUUAUGCUUCUUUCAUCUAACUUGCUUUAUUAAAA